GCGCAAUCACACUGCCCUAGUUGUUGACCAAUAAAAUUCGUGGGUUAAAAAUCGUGCCGGUCACAAGUAAAAAGCAAAACAAUAGGAAGUACGAGUAAACAAGAGGCAGAUACACCAAACAUUCGAAAUGGCCAGCAGUUCGAGCAAGAACAAGACCCUGCAGCUGAUAAGGUGCUUCUGCGGAUGCAGUAACAUGACUGUCGCCGAGGUGCGGAGGAUCUACGUUCUGUCGAACAGUGUGCACGAGACGCUGCUGGAUGCGGAGGCCACCAGACUGCUGCGCAAGUUCAUGGAGACGAGGCGGUCCGGCGACAAGGACGAGGCCGAGCAGUACUUGGACAUUUACGAGAAGUGCGCCGAGUUUCUGGCGGAGCAUCAGCGCACCUUCACCCAGGACGAGGUGGACGAACUGGUCGAUCUGGGCCUGCCCUACGACCUGGAGCAGGAUCUCUCCAGGCGCAUGCUCAGCGCCGAUCGCACGGACAUCAGCAGCGGGCUCUAUCGCAUCCAGAGCAAGUGUCGCAACGAAAUCGAGGGCAGCAGCGAUUUUCGAGACUUCAGGGACGCCAUCGCUGAUAAGAUGCGUCGGGUGCCAAAAUGAUAUAGUCGGUGCAAAUCGAUGUUUUUGUGUGCACUGUGCAACGCCUACCAAAGUCACAUGGUUACCUUUGGAGCACCGUACUUGACCCAGCU